AUGCCCGCGAGCACUCUACCGGUAAUUAGGAAACACUUCCGAGACCAACCAGUUGUCGAAACGGCAUUGAAUAUCCUCCGCAAGAUCAAGGUCCCUACCAAGAAAUACGAACGCCCCUCUGGCAUAUUUGGCCAUGCAAGCUAUUACGGCCGCGAGUUAUUUUACCUUUUGUUUAUGAAUGCACCAUCAUCAGAUCAACUGUCGUCGAGUCGAUUUACCAAGAAAAAUGGAAAAUUGGUGGAGGCAAUCCGUCUGCUGGAAGGGGCUGCUCGCAAGAAUAAUUCGGAUGCUACAUUUCUCCUUGCAGAAAUGAACUUCUACGGAAACUAUACACAUCCACGGGACUUUUCAAAGGCGUUCCAAUAUUACGACUCGCUGGCGGCCUUGACUGGAAAUAGUACUGCGCAAUACAUGCUUGGGUUUAUGUAUGCAACUGGAAUCGGCGGUGUUUUGGAAAGAGACCAAGGCAAGGCCCUUCUUUUCCAUACCUUUGCUGCCACAGGAGGCAAUACGCGGUCGCAGAUGACGCUGGCGUACCGGAGAUACGUAGGAAUUGGGGCCACUCCAGAUUGCGAUCAGGCAGUAUACUGGUACAAGAAGGUCGCCGAUAAGGCGAUUAAAUGGUAUAGAUCGGGUCCUCCUGGUGGUAUCACUAUGCGACGAGAGGCCUUCCGCUGGGCUGAUGAUGAAGGUGGCGUGUAUGGCGAGGGAGCUAGUGUGUCCAGUGCUGGCUACAACGCAAUGAGGGAUGUCCAUUCUAGUGCAGACGCGAGUCUAGAUGACGUCCUGGAGUAUCUAGACCUCAUGGCCAAGAAGGGUGAUACCAAAGCCACUUUUGGCCUUGGUAAGCUUUAUUACGAGGGAUCACGCCAGCUGGAAAGGAGCUACAAGAAGGCCAUGAUGUAUUUCGUGGUAGUUGCAAGAAAAUACUGGACUAAAGACGGUUCUAUCAACCCCAGCCAUCCACCAGGUAUUGACAAAAUAGCCGCGCAGUCUGCAGCCCAUAUUGGCCUGAUGUUCCUGCGUGGAGAGGGCACGGAGCGGAACUACCAAAAAGCCAAAGUCUGGUUUACACGAGGAAGGGCAAACGGCGAUUCAAUGUGCCAGCAUUAUCUAGGACUGAUGUACUUGCACGGCUAUGGCGUCGAGCAGGAUGUAAUGAUGGCUGCUUCAUACUUUAAAGCCGCUGCAGAACAGGACAAUCAUUAUUCCAAAACGCAGCUCGGAGCACUAUUCCUGGACCAAGGGGAUGUUGUCACGGCAUCGAUAUACUUUGAAGCAGCUGCUCGGCACGGAGGCAUGGAAGCUCUCUACUAUCUCGCUGGAAUUGCUGAUCGGGGCCUUGGAGGACAACGCCAUUGCGGAGUCGCCACAGCAUACUACAAGAUGGUCUCCGAAAAAGCAGAAGGCAUUCACUCUGCAUUUAGCGAAGCAAACGAUGCUUAUGAGAUAGGAGACAAGGAGUUAGCCCUUAUCAUUUCUACAAUGGCAGCAGAACAAGGGUAUGAGAGCGCUCAAGCAAAUGUUGCAUAUCUUCUCGACGAGAAACGAUCGGUUCUGUCCCUUGAUCCGAUCCUACCAUGGGUAAGGGGUGGCCGUUCAUCCUUAUUGCGCAAUGCAGCCCUGGGGUUCAUAUACUGGGCCCGUUCUGCUAAACAAGCCAACGUAGACUCCAUGGUGAAGCUAGGAGACUACUACUUUGAAGGCUACGGCACAAAGAAAGAUGUUUCUAGAGCGCUGACCUGCUACCAUUCCGCAGCGGAGGGCCACAGUGCUCAAGCAUUCUGGAACCUUGGCUGGAUGUAUGAGAACGGCCUUCACGUUGAACAAGACUUCCCCAUGGCCAAGCGGUAUUAUGAUCUUGCCUUGGAAACGAACCAAGAGGCGUACUUCCCAGUCACACUCAGCCUUCUUCGGCUGCGUGCCAGGAACUUUUGGAAUAAAGUGAUACGAGGGAAAGCUAAUACUAUCAAUGCAGAGCCAGACAUAAAUACCCCACGGACUUUCAAAGAGUGGAUUUCACACUUCAUCAACUAUAAUGAAGAGGAAGAAGCAUACCAGAGAGCCCUUCGCCAACAAGCAGCAGCGGACCCUGACGCGAUACUGGAUGAUGCUGGCAAUGCACACGCCCAAGACCAAGAUCUUAAUUACUAUGAUGAGGAUGCCCUUGACUUUGAUGAUGGUAUCCUAGAGAGUCUUAUCAUAAUUGGUCUUGUUGCCACCCUGGUGCUUCUAUUGCACUUCCGCCAGCAGCGGGCGGCGCGUCGUGCCCAAGAAGCGAACAACGCCAACAACCAGCAGCAAAACCAAGGAGCCGAUGGCGCUGGCAAUGCAGCUGGAGAUAGGGGCUUCUUUCCACAACCGGAUGAUCCCAACUUUGCAGCGUGGGUUGCUGGAGGUCUUGGACGGUAG